AUGUCUUCUCCUUUAGCGAUUGGUAUUAUAAAUAUAUUGAAUUCAAUACAGCAACAAUCAGCUCGUUAUGGUUUCUCAUUAAUGAUCGUUUUUGGCAAUAUUGGAUGUGUAUUUAAUUGUUUAAUAUUAUUAAGAAAAACGUAUAGACAAAAUCCAUGCUCACUGUAUAUCUUGACUUCGUCAUGUACAAAUUUAAUUUUUAUCAAUCUAGUUAUUGUUUCACGUCUGUUAGCAGUUGGUUAUAACUACGAUUUAACAAUAUACUCUACAUUCUAUUGUAAAUUUCGCGCAUAUAUUGCUUUUGCUACUAGUUUACUAUCACGUACUUAUAUUGUAUUGGCAUGCGCUGAUCGAUACUGUUCAAGUUCAUCUAAGGCACGACGACGCGCAUUUAGUAACAUUAAAGUUGCACGAUAUUUAAUACCAUCGCUGGCUUUAUUUUGGCUCCUAAGUUCUAUUCAUGUUUACUUUUAUUGGAAUAUCGUUAUAGGAACAGGUAAUAAAUACACCUGUACAACAGCAACAUCGAUCUAUACUGUAUUCUAUGCAUUUUAUAAUGCCCUCCUAUCUGGUGUUUUAAUACCCACGCUAAUGAUUAUUUUCGGCGUACUUACACUACAAAACAUAAAGCAAAUAAAUCGUCGUAUACAUAAUAUUACUGCUAAUAUUAGUAGAACUAUAAAUGCGCAACAACAACGUCGAGGAAUAGCUGAUAAUCAAUUAACUGUUAUGUUACUUGUACAAUUAUUAUUCUAUGUCAUUUCAUGUUUGCCAUUUCCAAUAUACUUAUUGUACAAUGCAUUCACAAUAAAUAAUCAACAAAAAUCCACUGUACAAAAUGCAAUUGAAAGUUUUAUAUCCUAUUUAACUAUAUUUUUACUGUAUCUCAAUUUUUGUUCAACAUUCUAUGUUUAUACACUUAGUGGUAAAUCGUUUAGAAAAGAAUUUAAACAUAUUUUAAUGAUGGUCGUAGUUUAUUUUGGUAUCAUCAAGAGAUCGGAACAGCAACAAAGAUCAUUUAAACUGACUCACGGUCCACAGAGAAUAAGACCAAUUAACAAAACAGUGGAAACAAUUACAGUAGCUCCAGUACCACCAUCAUUAAUGAACAAAAUACAUUAA